AUGUACUGCAGAGGGCCCGGACGGGGUGUGAGCGACGAGACACCUCUCAAGCUUUGGUCCACAAAAGCAUCAUUGAAGGAUUAUCUUGAGUCUGGACCGUCGAUGUGCCUCAAAGACAGGCUUCAAAGAACAAGUGGUAUUCCCGCUGGACUUCUCGACGAUUCGUCGAUUAGCAGCUUUGACAGCCGGCCCACGUCCGCGCAUGUUCGAUCUUCGAUAGAGAGCGCUGUCAACCCUACUGCAGCACGAUUGGCUGAAAGGACCAGAUCUGAGCCCAUUAUGUCUAGACCAUCACUCCGAGAAAGCCGUAGCUUCAUGGCACCCGCCUCUCCGCGGAUCCAUGUCACCGAGCCACUCGGCGAGGGAUACUUUGAUGUGCCGCAAGAGACGGCCCCAGACAUGCACGACCCUAUCGAGCAGGCACAGCAUGACACAGAGGCAGAAAUUCCCACCAAAGAUGAUGGCGUACCUAUAUUUAAGCAUUCGCAAACAAGCGCGUCUACUAGAUAUAAAACGUUUCUUCCAGUCCCAAAACUAACAAGAGACAAACAAGAUGAAGAAAGAGCUGAAAAGCCUCGAAGAAUACCUCGAUUUGGUCGACCGGAACCAGGCAGUGAGAAGCUUCUCUGGAUUCAUGUGCCUUACACACACACGGGAUGGGUACCUCCAAUCCUUGCCCGCGCCUGUCGCGAGCAAGACAAGAAGACUUUCUUUGAGAAGCUUAUGGACGAAGAAAAUUGGUACUCCAAUCUCAUUAGGGCCCGUCAUUUAGAGCCUCAUGCACGUUAUGUGCGACCAGCCUGUAUCCACUUCAAGCAAGAACCACAUACACCGUUGAGUGCCCAAGAAGAAGAGCAUGAUCCUAGACUGGCACUUUAUGUCCCUUACCUCCACUGGGAUACCUACUCAAACUUGGUGCAUCGACGCAAAAUGGUCGAAGAAAGACUUCGACAAGGGAGAUUCAGGCCCGUACCUCACAAUAUCUCGACGGCCAGUCUAGAAUCGAAACUGAUCUGGAAACUCCUGGGCAAUGAGCCUCCUAUCCACAUACGAAGAACGCUGGACCAGUUUGGAUACCCCAACCUCAGAUCGACGGUAGCGAGAGACGACGAUCAAAUGCUCUGGAAACGAACGAAGAAGAAGGUCAACCCGAGUGAGUUCAACAGCGCAUUACUCGUUGAGAGUAACUCGGAGAACCAGGGUCCGUUCAUGGAUGGCAAGGUGCUUAUGGUCGAUCAACUUUGGCUCUGGAUUGUCGACGAGAAGACUGUUGUGACAUUUUUUCCUCACCAAGAAGCUACCACAGCCGAAGGAAAAUUAUACGAGCAAUCGAAUCUAUACAAUAGCAUCUACAAUGAGUUGAAUGGCGAUUUGGCGAGACGAUUCGAAACAGCGGGUGAUCUUGCUGCCUUGAUUGUGUUACACGCAGCCACAGUCCUUCUUGACCGAACAUUGCACCGCGAUUUGCAGAUUCUCCGAAUCUUUGAAGAGUCUAUCAGCAUUUUGACUGAAUCCAUGACCAAAUCGUUCAAACGCUUUCGCAACAGAGGCUUCAUCACGCGGCCUGCAGAUUUCAACAAAAACGCCGAUGGGAAACCAAUGUCAGCAACGGAGCGCGAGGAACGAGACCAUGAAGUAGCCAAUCGCAACCGUGAAGAUCUAUCCACAUUAUUGGAGCUACGAGAUAUCAUCGAUGAGCUAGGGACUAUACUCAAACUUCUGGACGUACAAGCAACGACCAUCAAGAUGAUGUCCACCUACUUCGAGCACAAGGGAUGCGGCAAAGUCUUCAUGGAAACAGCGCUUUCCCGACUCGAAGAAUAUCGCAACCAGGUCCUAGAAAUGAGAGAAAACGCUUCUCUCGCUCAGAAAGCGGUCGAGAAUCUCCUAGACCUCAAGCAGAAGCAAGCCAAUGUGGACGAGUCUCGCUUGGCCCGAUGGGAAGCAGAGGUCACGCAGGACCAAUCCCGAUCCGUAAUGGUGUUCACCAUCUUCACCAUCAUAUUCCUGCCCCUCUCGUUCUUCACCUCCCUCUUCGGCAUCAAUGCCCGCGAGUGGAGCGGCGAGCCCGAGAACCUGACUCUAGGGCAAAUGCUCUACAUCUCAGGGCCCACCUCCUUCGCCAUAAUCAUCAUCGCCCUCCUCAUCGCCUUCAACGAACGCCUCCGCGAGACCCUCUGGCGCGCCCAAAAGCUCGUACUCAACCUCCUCGCCGACUUCCUCUUCGCGCCCGUCACGCUCGCCCGGCUGCAGUGGCACAACAGAACCAAACCGAUGGACGUGUCCGCUUCGUUGUCCACGCUGGGCAGUUCCGCCGAGAGCUCGUCGCUCGGCGCUGGCGGAGGCCGGCGGAGGCGGUUUCGCCGCAAUCAUAAUACUCAGCGGCAGUACACCGGGGAGGAUGAUUUCUGGCUGAGGCAUGAGGAUAAGAUGAUCACAGCGCUUUCGGUGGCGGUUCCAGGGAAUGGGGUGGAGGGGGAUGGAUUUGUUGGUGGAGGAGAGGCGGAGAAGGGGGGUGCCGACCGUGCUCGACCAAGCUGGAGGAGAACAGGAGCCUUUGAUUCGAGUUAG